AUGGACUUGACACUCACCUGGGGUGACGUUGAUUUCUAUCUUAUUCCUGAUGAUGAGGAUCCAGCUCAUCCCUCCCUUGUUGUCAACAUUCAACUCAACCUUGUCAAGGGUUAUCACGACGUGGACCACAGAUAUCAAAAACUGCUCUUCACCCUCGAACUUCACAAGGAGCAUUGUAUGACAUGUAUUGUUCUGCCUCUUCUAGGUCUUGCGUUCCAUGAUUCAGUCUUCGCUCAUUUCCACUCUAUCGAGAGUCUCCUUUGUCCUGAAAAACCACCCACCAUGCGGGAGGAAAAGGGAGGAGGUGGCAAGAUAUCAAAGACUGAGGCAUUCCCCUAUGAUGGAUUACUUCAUUAUCUGAAGUCACUUUCUAUUGCUGCAGGAUUCCUAGAACCCCUUACUCCAUAUGACUUCCAUGCGUCUCAGGGAAACAAAGCAGAUGUGGAUCUCGAAGAAACGGCAAAAAAGACCUUGAUGUUGCACGACCCAAAUUCCAAAGUUUAUUUUGCAAGUAAAUUCAUUCCAUCUCUUGGUUUAGACGCUGAUGGGAAAUAUCAGAAUAAAUACAAAUUGAAGACAAUAACUGCUGACCUAUCUGCUGUAUCUAAUCGUAGAGGUCAGGCUGAAAACAGAAUAACACUCUUUUGGACAGCCGUCGCUGCCUCGUCAGAACUUGUCAAGCUACAAAACGAAAAGGAUGAGGCCACGAACAAGAUUCACCAAUUGCUAGCUGACGAGCAAUCUGAAGAAGUCGAAAAUCAAAUCAUUGAGUUGCGUCAAAUUGCAGCCAAAGCCUCAAACACCUAUCGUUUUAUGUACUUGCGUGAAUCAGAUCUGCGUAUCAAACAAACUCAUCAAAAAUUCUUUGACAAAGCUGCCAUCCGCCAAAUAGUCAAUCCGACCGAGCCAGUGUUGGGCAUGAGUGCUGGUGGAUUAGAUGACAAGCAAUAUAGGAUUGAAUCUUCAUUCUUAAGUCUGGUCAAGGAUCUCAAUAGUGGCGAUCCUGUUACCGAUUGUUGUAUACUGGUCAAUGUUCUUAUCGCGCAGCCGGAACAGAUAAUCUAUCAAAAAUUCUAUCCCAGUGAAAGACCUGAUGACAAAAACAGAUGUCCUCAUUGUUCAGAAGACCUCACUACAUUGAAAAAGACCAAACCUGGUGAACACAUCCAUUCCUGCACCAGAAGGAUUCUUUCAGAGAAGGCUACUGCUUAA